GCGAAAGGGACAGAAGGGGAGAAGGAUACCUACAUAUACCUGACUCGUGCCCAUCAACAACAGAGUAAGGGUGAUCGCUGAACACAUCAGAGCAUCUCUUCCCCCCUGGCGACUAAAAGUGUUCCCAAUCUCGUCUUACAAACGUUGUUCAAACUCCGCAACCCGAUCUGCACACUGCCCUGCCUUGGCCCUUCUUGGACCUUCUUGGAGUCUCCGCUUCCCCACGCCAUCUCACGCUCGAGGACUCCGCCGCUAUGAGCUAGGCCUGCCGUCGACAGGAUCCACCGGACGUCAACAAUAACACAUCUUUGAAAUACAUAAGAAGACGUCACUUCCCUCCCUUUUCGAACGGAAGAGAUCAUCAUCAUCAUCCAUCGAUAUAUCACAUCUACAAGCCCAUCCAUCAUCUAUUUAUUCGAGCUUAAGACGCAUCAGUCACUUAUUGCAACAUCGAAAACAUCAUCGUCAUCAUCAUCCACUACAACAACAGUCAACAAGCCCGCUCGAGCGCUGUCGCCUAUUCUUGAACACCGUGACCAACAACAAGUUCAAUCAACAACACCAUUCAAAAACGCCAAAAUGAACCGCCAACAACCUGCCCGCCUCCUCACCACCUCCGCUCGUGUAUACCCCAGCUCCCUCCCCCACCUCUACCAAGCCUCCCACAAAUCCUCCAAGGGUCUCAAAUGGCUUCCACCCCUAGUAGGCAUUGCUGCCAUUGGCUACGGCAUCAGCACCUACCGUGAAGCCCAAAUGCAACGGCGCGUGGCGGCCAUGGAGCAAGCCGAGUUGGAGAGGCAGCGCCGCGCAAACAUGUUGGCGGACGCCUAUGGUGACCGUGGCAGUCUUGAGGAGCUGGAGCGGGCUGUUAGGGCGUAUGAGGCUCAGCAGAGGCAGUGAGCGAGCGAGUUUUGUGAUCUCAUCGCUGCUCUCCGCCGACGCAUUCAUACAACAUGACGGCGACGGCGAAACUGAUCGACUGAGGCGACAAACGAUAUUGAGCCCGAUCAUCAUGCAAUGAUUUACGACGAUUUAACGUUCUUGUUGGGGGAUGGUGUUUUCGGCGUUUUGGGGCCCAAGUCAUCGGACGGGGCUGAUUUUCUUUUGUUUUGGGUUUUUUUUUUUUUUU